CCAGAGCUGCUGCCAGAUCUUCCCAGCAGAUUGCCUUGAACGCGGCUCCGACCUUGCCGAUCCAUGGGCGGAGACCCGGGGUGGCCGUGCUUCCAAAUUAAUCCAUGGGAAUCGCUGGAGAUUUCCCAGGCUGGCGUUCUCACCGUCCCCUCUGUUCUCAGGGCCACGCCACGACCAUGUCUGAGCUGGAGAAGGCGAUGAUUGCCAUCAUCGAUGCCUUCCACCAGUACUCCGGGAAGGAGGGAGACAAGCACAAGCUGAAGAAAUCGGAACUCAAGGAGCUCAUCAACAACGAGCUGCCUCACUUCCUCGGUGAAAUCAAAGACCAGGAGACUGUGGACAAAGUCAUGGAGGCACUGGACUGCGAUGGGGAUGCAGAGUGCGACUUCCAGGAGUUUGUGGCCUUCAUUGCAAUGGUCACUGCUGCUUGCCACGAGUUCUUUGAGCAUGAGUGAACUGGUGGGAAGUAGGUGAGCCCCUUCUGCUCACGCUGGAGAGAGGAAAGGCAGCAUUGCUCCUCCAGGAAAAGGACUGGGUGUGAUUACAGACACCUUAGAGCUCAGCUUGUGCUAGACUUAAGCAGCUUAUUAAAAGUGCUGUGGCUUUGUGAGCACUAAACACUUGUGUGGCUCAGGAAAGGCUCAAGUGCCCAUUGGGCUGGAUGCAGUGAGCGAGUGCCUUGCCUCAAGCACCUUCCCUGCUGUUUAAAGUCAGGAAUGUGCAUGGGGCUAGAAGCAGAGGGAUGCUGUGAUCCAAGCUUGCAUGCAAAGGAAAAAAAGAAAUUCAAGGCUUGAAGGGAGAGGUGAUGCAGAGGGGGUGAUAAUGGAAAUUUGCUGCUGAGCCCACUGGCCUGAACGGGAAGGCUUCCAGUGAUUCCUGUGGGUUCUAUGCAUGGCAUCAGAAACCAGCUCUUGUCCCCUCACAGGUGCUCAGCAGAGCCCACCCAUUUCUUGGUACAUUGUAACACCCCUGGCUUGUAAGGCAAAGUGUAACAAUCUAAAAGCAUAACCACGGGAGUGCUCAGGCUUUUCACUUUUUGAUCAAUCCUGCUUUUAGCAGCCUGCAGAACUGGAAGCAACAGCAUAUGAGGCUCCUGCACUGGGGUCAGCUGGGAUGUGCCUUGACAAGGUGUCCAGGCUCAGUCAGAAGGGAAGUGGGAUUGGCCCAGUGUGACCACAGACCAGGCACAGCCUCCUGAGUGUGUGGAAAUGACAGGAAUAAAAUGUUGGUUUGGCCUCUGGUGAAAAA